AUGAUCACAGCAAUCCAACCGACGAUUUCCUACGGGAGGACCGCCCAGUCUGGCUUCCUUACCACGGCAACAGAUUUGGAUCCAUACCCGUACCAGGUCGGCUAUGGCAAUCGGUUUGCGACCGAAGCGAUCCCUGGAACACUCCCUCAAGGCCGUAAUACGCCGCAGAAAUGCAAAUACGAUCUUUUCUCUGAACAGCUGAAUGGCACACCGUUUGUGUCUGCUCGUUCCUCGCAACAACAUGCCUGGUUCUACCGCAUACGACCGUCCGUUGCCCACCGACCUGUCACCAUGUCGGUGGACAAUCCUAACCUGGCGGCGUCGUUUGCUGUGAGUAACCUAAGCACCAAAUUCCUUCCGCGAGACCAGUCGUGGGGAGCAUUCCCCAUCCCCGACGACUCGGAUCCCGUCGACUUCGUGCAAGGCCUCAAGACUAUCGGUGGCCAUGGAGAUGCCAUGAUCAAGGAAGGUCUUGCCGUCCACACAUAUACGGCUAAUCUGUCGAUGGGCAAAACUGCCUUCUGCAACAAUGAUGGCGACUUCUUGAUCUUGCCACAACAGGGUCGUCUCGACAUCCAGACUGAAUUCGGUCACCUCAUGGUUCGGCCUGGCGAGUUGGUUGUCAUUCCAGCAGGUAUUCGAUUCAAGGUCAAGUUACCUGACGGUUCUGCUCGUGGCUAUAUCCAAGAGAUCUUUGGCACCCAUUAUGAAUUACCGGAACUGGGACCAGUGGGGUCCAACGGUAUGGCUAUGCCCCGGGAUUUCGAGUACCCUGUGGCAAGUUUUGAUGUCGACCAAACUACCUGGACCAUCGUCGUCAAGCUUGCAGGCCGACUGUUCGAGUACGAACAGGAGCACACGCCGUUUGAUGUGGUCGCAUGGCACGGCAACUAUGCACCCUACAAGUAUGCCACCGAGAAGUUUGUAAACUCGGCCACGGUAGAGAAAGAACAGAGCGACCCGUCCAUCUACUGUGUACUGAUGGCCAAGUCCAAGACUCCGGGCGUUGCGCUGACAGAGUUGCUGGUCUUCACGCCGAGAUGGAGCGUCACAACCAACUCCUUCCGGCCACCAUACUACCACCGGAAUGUUUGCACUGAGUUGAUGGGCAUGAUUUACGGAGAAUGGAAGGGUUCAGCUACACUACUGGAGCCAGGUGGACUCACAUACGAGCCCAGCCUAAUGCCACAUGGAGAAUCGUAUGAACGAUGGAGAGAAGCCACGACUACGGAACUCUUGCCCGAGAGGAUAAACGAGAAUACUCUAGCCUUCAUGUUACACAUCUCAGGGCACAUUGCCUUGACAGACUUUGCUCUUGAAAAGAGUGGCACUCUCCACGAGAUCCAAGCAAACUUUUGGGACGGUUUUGAUGGAGGCUUCACCAAGCACAUCGAUCAGAUAGAUCGGGAUUUGGAUUCUGCAGGCCUCGAUGGUUUGAGGCGGACGGACAAGGCACAGGAGGCAAAGGAGAUUGAGGGCGAGUGA